GAAUUUACUCUUUUGGUGGUAAUAUCUCUAUACUACGGAGAGAAAGGUCGGAAUGCUGGAAACCUUACUUUGAAACCCUUUCUCCGUUUGUGUUCAGGCUUUUAGCCUUUAGCCAUCCCCCCUGUCCCUCCCGCAAACCUCCCAGCCGCCAUCGCAAGCAAUAAAAGGACUCGUCGCCUCAUUCUCAGCCCGGCCUCCUUUAGCUGUCGUGGCCGACUGCUCAAUCUGGUUGGAACGGUUAUUAGAUUUUCUCAACUCCAGUAGGUUUUCAAGGAAUCCAGGAAGAAAAUAGGGUCGGAGAGUGUAUUGUGGCUUACAAUGGGGAGCAAAAAGAGAACCUCAAAUUUGGUAGCGGAAGCUAAUGAGGUUGUGGGUGUGGAAGAAGAAAAUGCAGUUACAAAUCCCAUCAAGAAGAAAAUGAAGAAGGGUAAGGAGAAGAGUGGUGAUAGGGCUGAUGGGGAUGUUCCUACUGCUUCUAAUCCGUCCGCUGGAACUAAUUCAAUCAAAAGCAUGGAAAGAAAGAAGGAAAGGAAAACAGUGGACAAACUGCGUCGCCAUGGUGCUUCGGAUGCAGAUGCACAGGAAAAUCCGAUAAUGAAUUUAGAUUCUAAAGUCAAUGAAACAAGGGGACAAAUGGUGGCGUCAUCUGGCAAUGCACUUCCUGCUUUCCACAUUGAUGUUUUCAAAGAUUUGGCAUCUGCCGAUGCUUCCUUAAGAGAAGCUGCUGUAGAAAGACUAGUGGCAGAAUUGCAAGAGGUUCACAGAGCUUACGAGGGAAACAAGGAGUUGUUUGAAAGUGGUUUGAAAUUGGAAGCUGAAAAGGAUGAUGGGUUGAAAGAUUGUGCACCAUCCGUCAGAUAUGCUAUAAGGAGACUUGUACGUGGCACUUCAUCAUCUAGGGAGGGUUUCGCAUUAGGAUUGACUCUGUUGAUUUGCACAAUUUCUUCCAUCAAAGUUGACUCUUUGCUGAAAUUGAUUGUUGAGACAUUAGAAGUUUCUGCAUCAAUGAAGGGCGAGGAAGUAAGGGAUUGUCUUUUGGGUAGAUUAUUUUCUUAUGGCGCUCUUGCUCGGUCAGGUAGACUGAAUGAGUUGUGUGUGUCGGAUCCAAACACUCCAAUAAUCAAGGAGUUCGUCAGUGUUCUGCUGACUCUUUCAACAAAGAAAUCGUAUUUGCCAGAGCCUGCUGUAACAGUUAUCUUGGAAUUGGCAGAAAAGGUAGUUUUGCAGCUAACUGCUAUUGGUUUUUAUCAAACUUCUUAUUCAGUGUUUCCUUUUCUUUUUGAUUGUCCUGUAUCAGCUUUGCUGUGUGGUCCGCCGUUGUUAUAUGUACAGAUGCAAGUGGAACACGUAUUGAAUCACAUACUUGAAGCUCCUGGACUUUCUGAGUGGUUUAAUGAUGCCGUGGGUGCUGGGAACCCAGAUGCUUUGCUUCUAGCUCUGAAAGUUCGGGAGAAAGUUUCUGUUGAUAGCUUAAAUAUUGGAAAUAUUCUGCCAUAUCCAUUCAGCCCUACCAGAUUUUUCUCCUCUGAUCAUUUGACCUUACUCACUCAGUGCUGGAAGAAUUCAACCUCCUGCCAGCCUCGAGUUCACAGCGUGUGGCCUGUUAUGGUAAAUAUGAUUUUGCCAGUAAUGAUAUCCCAGGCCGAAGAUGUGGUGUCUGCUUCUAAUUUUCUGAAGAAGAAUCGAAGAAACAGGAAGUCUAGUUCACCAGAUGAAGAAAUUGAAAAGAAUGUUCAAAAUUUCUGUGAAGUUAUAAUUGAGGGUGCCCUCCUGACAUCAUCUCAUGACCGUAAGCAUCUGGCAUUGGAUGUUCUGCUCCUCCUUCUUCCAAGGCUACCUGCAUCUUUAGUCCCAGUUGUUCUCUCUUACAAACUUGUGCAAGGCCUCAUGGAUAUUCUCUCAACAAAAGAUAGCUGGCUCUUUAAGGUUGCACAUCAUUUUUUUAAAGGAUUGUCAGAUUGGGUUGGAGAUGAUGAUGUCAGAAGAGUUGCUGUCAUAGUUGCCUUACAGAAACACAGCAAUGGGAAAUUUGAUUUCAUAACAAAGACAAAAACAGUAAAAGCUUUGUUGGCAGACUUCAAAACGGAAUCUGGUUGCAUGCUGUUCAUUCAAAAUUUGAUGAACUUGUUUGUGGAUGAAGGUAAUGCAUCAGAUGAACCUUCAGACCAGAGCCAGACAACUGAUGACAAUUCAGAGAUGGGAUCGCUAGAGGAUAAAGAUUCUGGUGUCAUGGGAAUUUCUGAUUCCUUGAAAAGUUGGAUUGUAGAAUCAAUGCCAAGUAUCUUGAAAUCUUUGAAGUUGGAGCCUGAAGAAAAAUUCCGUGUCCAAAAAGAAAUCCUAAAGUUCCUUGCAGUUCAAGGUUUAUUCUCCGCAUCUCUUGGCUCUGAGGUCACAUCUUUUGAACUACAUGAGAAAUUUAGGUGGCCAAAGGCAGCAACUUCAAGUGCCAUAUGCAAAAUGUGCAUUGAGCAAAUGCAAUCAUUACUGGCAAGUGUUCAGAAGAUGGACGUAUCCCCAGUUUUGCUGCAAAGCUCUGAAUUUAGUGAUCUGGGGUCGUUCUUCAUGCAAUUCCUCUCAACAUUGCGCAGCAUACCUUCUGUUUCUUUAUUCCGUGUUUUAAGUGACGAGGAUGAGGAGGCUUACCAAAAGUUACAAACAAUGGAAGCUAGUCUUUACAAACAGGAAAGAAGGGGCGGUCCUGAGGACUUCAUGUACAAGUAUCAUGCACUGAGGUACUUGUUGAUCCAGCUAUUGCUCCAAUUGCUUCUUCAUCCGGCAGAAUUCACUGAACCUGUCUCUGAAAUUAUCAUAUGUUGCAAGAAAGCUUUUGUCCUUUCUGACGUUCUUGAGUCGGGAGAAGAUGUGUCGGAUAGUGAUGUUUUGUGGAUGGAUGUUCUUGUCGACACUUUAGUUUCACUGUUGCCUCAGUCAUCAGCUCCUAUCCGGUCUGCUGUUGAGGAGGUUUUUAGGUGUUUCUCCUACAACGUGACACAUGAUGGAUUGUUGCAAAUGCUGCGCAUCAUCAAGAGAGACUUGAAGCCAGCUAGACAUCGGGAAGCAGAUAGUGACGAUGAAGAUGAUGAUGAUCUUCUCGACAUUGAAGAAGAUGAAGAUGAUGAUACUGAUGAAGCCCAAACAGUUGAAACAGGCGAGAGUGAAGAACAGACAGAUGACUCCGAGGCAGUAGUGGAAGGUGACAAAGAAUCACCUGAAGAAUCUGAUGAGUCAGAUGAUGGAAUGGAUGAUGAUGCAAUGUUCAAGAUGGAUACAUACCUUGCCCAGAUUUUCAAAGAGAAAAAAAAUCAGGCUGGUGGUGAAACUGCUCAAUCACAGCUUGUCUUGUUCAAGCUUCGUGUUCUCUCAUUGCUGGAGAUUUACCUACAGACAAAUCCAGGCAAAGGUAGGCCCCACGUCUUGACAAUCUAUUCAUACUUGGCUCGAGCGUUUGUUAACCCGCAGACCACAGAAAUAAGUGAACAGCUAGGACAGCGAAUAUGGGGAAUUCUAAAUAAGAAAAUAGUGAAGUCAAAGGAGUAUCCGAAAGGAGCUGAUGUGGACAAUGUAUUGCUUGUAAAACUGCUCGAAAGAAAUUUAAAGUUGGCAUCCAGGCCAUUUAAGAAGAAGAAAUCUUCUGCUGCUGAUCAAUCCAAGAAAAAGCAGUCAGCUGCCUGGAAACGGCACAAAAUGCUGGGUUCCCUUGCACAAGAUUCAACAUUUUGGAUCCUGAAGGUCAUUGAUGCCAGCAACUUUUCAGAGGAUGAACGCAAUAGUGUCUUUCAUGCGGUAAAGAAUCUGCUUACAGGUUAUUUUUGCAGUAAGAAGUGCCCAAUAAAGUCGGGGUUUGUUAGAGAGGUAUUUAGGAGGAGACCGUGGAUUGCGCACAACCUUUUUGAGUUCCUUGUAGACCAAUGCAGCAGCUCAAAACUGGAAUUUCGUCGGGUUGAAGCACUUGAACUUGUUAUAGAGGUUUUGAAAUCAAUGAUUUCUAGUACGGGUUCUGAUAACAAGGCUGCAAAGAAGAUGCUGAAAACUCAGGGGAUUCAGAAGCUGAGCGUGCUCAUCAAGGAGCUAGUGACAAAUAUGCCGGAGAAACAGUCGAGGCAAGCUGAUGUGCGGAAAUUUUGUGGGAAGGUCUUCCAGACUAUAUCAGCCAAUAACUUGACUAAGGCCUUCCUAAAAGAACUGAUGCCAGAAGCCCAAACUGCUUGCGAGUCCCAUCUCGGAGAGCUGUUCCUCAACUUCAAGAAUGGGGUGCAGCAACAAAAGGUAAAGGAUUCAGCUUGAGGUAGAGCUGUUGGCCUUGCAGAUUAUGUUGAUCUCAAGUUGCAAAAGUUUUGAUGGUAUCUAGUUUUGUGUUUUUUGCUAGAUGUGAUCUUAUUUUCUUAUUACCAAGAGAAACACACUGAUAAGAUAUUGUACACCCUAACUUUCUCAAGUUGUACUUGGAUCUUUCAACUUGUGGCAUGUGCAUGGAGACAGUUUGUCAUAUUAUUAUUCUCUGACCUGGUUUGUAGGAGUCAGCAGAUGGUGGUUCUGUGCAGGUUUGACUGGUUUAGAAUCACCGAUACGUGAUGAGUGAGAAAAAAAUGACCACACGUAGGGGCAAUUU